AUGGCUUUUUUUAAAAUAUUCACGUUGUGGAAAUCGAAUCGAUUUAUCGAAGGUUUGCUAACAACCUUGAAAUACAAACGGAUGAUUUUAGGUUUCGAAGAAUCGGAAAAAAUCACUCGUGGUGAUUCGUCAACGACGACGACGACGACGUCGACCAUUUUUAAAAAUCAAUCAUCACCGAUUGGAUUGAAUUUUCAAGAUGGCACUAAAAAUUUUAAUUUUUACGGAGAAAUUGUUAAUCAAUACGAAUCUUUGAUGAAAAGAUUUUUAGCCAAAUUUCGCAGAAUGGUCGAAGAAAACAAACAGCUCGUAUCGAGGAUUGAUGAUGAAAUUCAAAAUGCUCACGCACAAGUCAACAAUCUUCGAGACGACCUAUUAGACACAAACAAACGUUUAGAUGAACAUAUCAAUAAUAGUAAAUUGGAUAGAGAAAUUAUAUUAAACAACGUGUUAAACGAUAAAAAUGCCCCAUCGACCGAAAAAAAUAAUGAAAAUCAACAGGAAAACGUUAAAAUACAAACAUCAGAAACAACAACCAACAACACAAAUCCGUUUUGUGAUAAUUUUCAAUCCGUUAACGAUAACGAAAAUAAAAUAAAUUUUUUCGGUGAUAAAAAAACAAUUAAUUUUUUCAAUAGUAAAUUAUGCGAAUCGAAUAAUUUUUUUAGUAAUAGUUUUUCGGAUUCUAUUACAAAAAGAAACAAUCCUUGUUCCACGACGACAAACGCAACAAACAACACAAACAAUUCAUCGUUUACGAAAAAAGAAAAUUCGGAGGAAUUCGAGUCCGAUAAGAAAAAUAACGUUUUCGUCGAUUGUACGGCUAGUAAAAUAUUUAAAACAAACGAUUCGAAUAAUAAACCUGAUAUAAAACCUGAAGAUUUUGUCGUGACGUCAAAUUUAAAAUUAAAUUUUUUAACUAAAUCACCGGAUAAUUCCAUAAGUAAAAAAUAUGGGGAAAAAAAUACCGGAGCCGUACCUAAAAAAACAAAAUCUUUUUUGAGCGACGAUACGAAAUUUAAAAUUAAUGGUAUGAUAUCGAGAAAUUCGACACGCGAUGGUGUUGUUGGUGGUAAAACAAAUCCGAAAGAAGUAACCGUCGAAGAUUUUGUAAGGCCUAUGUCACCGUUGCCAGCCAAUCAGGCCGAUGAAAAUGUUAAAAUAAGCCAUCAGAAAUCUACUAGUUGGGAGGGGAGUCAAAAUACGACGACGUUAUCGAAAUUAAAAUUAGAAAAUGAAAAACUUCAUAGAGAAAUAGAAUGUUUAAAAAAUCAAUUAGGUAAAAAAAAAAAAUCAAUCGGAAAAAACAGUUCGUCUUCUGACACGACAGAUUCGCCGACGAGAGAAGAAGAAGAAGAUGAUGAUGAUGAUGAUGAAAAUGUAUCAAACUCUCGGUCUAGAAUAAAACAAUUGGAAGAAGAACUUUUACAAGCUAAAGAAGCAAUGAACGCCUUAAAAUUAGACAGAAAAAGACUAAAACAAGAAAAAUACGAUUUAUUAAAUCAAAUGAAACAAUUAUAUGGAACACUCGAAGAUAAAGAAAAAGAACUUCGGGAUUUUAUAAGAAAUUACGAACAGAGAAUAAGAGAAAGCGAAUCUUCUUUGCAACAGUUAUCGACAGAAAGAGAAGAAAGAGAAAGAGAAAAAUGGAGCCUUUUAAGACAUGCCAGAGAUGAAGCGGAACGAUCUUUGUCUUUAGCAGCUCAACUUGCGGCUAAAGAUGCUCACAUUCAACAAUUACAAGAGAAUUUAGAUGAGGCAAGAAGACACGGGACUGGUCCUAGUCUCUCCGAUCAAGAAUCUCUUGCAUCAAUGUCUGUAUCGCGAAUAAACGGAUCUACUGGAGGUAUGACGCCGACAAGCACGCCUCAGGUACCUUUAGGAUUGGGUCUUCUUCCGGGUGAUAGAGGAUCUUGUAGUGCUGAUUCUGGCGUGAGAGGUUCCAGUGAUCGUGAGAGUGGUGGAGCUACAAGUGGUGGAGGUACCCCGACCCUUACUCAAGAACAGAAUCAACUUAGUUCUAGAUUAGAUAUGGAUUCUGUUUCUAUUACGUCUUCCGCAAAUCCGUCACAUUUAUAUCAAACCGUAUCUACACCCAAAGACUGUAGCCCAUCAUUAUCUCCUCUUAAUGCUACUACAUUUUCCCGGUCUAUCGAUAAUAACGUACUCUCAAGAUCCGUUGAACAAUUAAGCAGUCCCCUAGAAGAACCCAAACGAAAAACCCAUCAUAGUCGGUUGACUGGUAGAGGAGGUGCUUGGGGUAGCAUAUCAAGAGUUUUUACAAGAAACAGACACAGAAAAGUAUCGAGUCCUAGCAGUCAAGAAGAUUCAGCCGAAAAUUAUCGCAGCUGGUCUCCUUUAACCGAAGAAGGAUACGCUGAAAAAUUAAGACUUUUAAGAGAAGCCGCAACUAUCCCAAUGGAAAGAUGGAGAGCACCUGCCGUAUUGGCAUGGUUAGAAAUAGCUUUGGGUAUGCCACAAUAUGGGCCGAGAUGUGCAGAAAAUAUUAAAAGUGGAAAGGUUUUAUUAGAACUAAGUGAUUUAGAAUUAGAGUGUGGUCUAGGGGUGACUCAUCCAAUGCAUAGAAAAAAAUUAAGAUUAGCUAUCGAAGAACAUAGACAUCCAGCAUUAGUAAGAUAUCCGUGUAUAGCACAAUUAGGCCACACUUGGGUAUCCAAUGAAUGGUUGCCAGAUUUAGGAUUAGGCCAGUACACGGAAAAUUUUGCGACAAACAUGGUCGAUGCGAGAAUGUUAGAUCAUUUAAGCAAAAAGGAAUUGGAAAAAUUUUUAGGUGUUACGAGAAAAUUUCAUCAAGCUUCAAUAGUUCACGGAAUACAUCUUUUAAGAAUGAUGAAAUACGAUCGGCAGGCUUUAGCUGUUCGGAGACAUCAAUGCGAAUCCGUAGAUGCUGAUCCUUUAGUAUGGACCAAUCAAAGAUUUAUCAAAUGGGCUAGAAAUAUUGAUUUAUGUGAAUAUUCAGAUAAUUUAAAAGACAGCGGCGUACACGGAGCCUUGGUAGUUCUCGAACCUUCUUUUAACGGUGAUACAAUGGCAACUGCAUUGGGUAUUCCACCAUCUAAAAAUAUAAUAAGAAGACAUUUAUCGGCUGAAUUAGAAGCUUUAAUACUUCCUGCAAGGUAA